AGAAAUCCAGCCGCUUACCUCUUUCUUUUCGCAAGUUGAUGUUAACAAACUGACAUCAAAAUGAAGUUGAACGUUUCAUAUCCCGUAACGGGCGCUCAAAAAACUUUUGAAAUCGUAGAUGAGCACAAAUUGCGCUUGUUCUAUGACAAACGUAUGUCCGCUGAGGUCGAAGCCGAUUCCCUGGGCGACGAAUGGAAGGGAUACGUCUUCCGCAUUGCUGGCGGAAACGACAAGCAAGGUUUCCCCAUGAAACAAGGUGUCUUGACCAACACUCGUGUUCGUUUGUUGUUGAAGAAGGGACAUUCCUGCUAUCGUCCCCGUCGUACCGGCGAACGUCGUCGCAAGUCUGUGCGCGGAUGCAUCGUCGACGCCAACUUGUCAGCUCUCGCCUUGAUCAUCGUCAAGAAGGGCGAACAAGACAUCGCCGGCUUGACCGACACCCAAGUUCCCCGUCGUUUGGGUCCCAAGCGUGCCAGCAACAUCCGCAAACUCUUCAAUCUCUCGAAGGAAGACGACGUCCGACAAUAUGUCGUCAAGCGUCCCUUGCCCGAGAAAGAUGGCAAGAAGGCACGUGUCAAGGCCCCCAAGAUCCAACGAUUGAUCACGCCCGUCGUUUUGCAACGCAAGAGACACCGUUUGGCCCUCAAGAAGCACCGCGUCGAGGCACGCAAGGAAUCCGAAGCCGAAUACGCCAAGUUGAUUGUGCAACGUCGCAAGGAGGAGAAAUUGCGUCGCCGCAGUCGUUUGUCGUCGAUGCGCGACUCCAAGAGCUCAACCGGUUCCGUCGAGAAGAAGGAACGCAAACCAAAGGUUGAGAAGAAGGAGCCCGCACCCAAGAAGGUUGACGACAAGAAGGCCAAGAAGGACGACGUUAAGGGAAAGAAAGACGCCAAGGCUCCCGCCAAGGUGGAAAAGAAGGUUGAAACUAAGAAGGUUGAGGCACCCAAGAAGGCUGCUGCACCCGCAAAGAAAGAAGCCGCCAAACCAGCUCCCUCAAAAGCUGCCCCCGCAAAGAAGGCAGAAGCUCCAGCCACAAAGAAGCCCAAGAAGAAGUAAACGUUAAACCAUUUACUUGAAACAAUAAAUGAAUGUAAAAUUUAAGGGCGUUUAUUAAAAAACUACACAAAAACUUAAAAAAUCCUAAAAA